AUGUCCGUUGUGAGUGCCAUCAGAAAGGCCACACAGAGGAAGAUUGUCCCGAUAAUCAGCGUGGUGGCCAGCAUGCUUCUGUGCCUCCCAGAGGAGAUCCCACAAUCAAUACCGCCGGAAGAGCAAAAAAUUCCACACCUUGGAAAAAUCAAACCGUGCGAUGGCAGGGCAACAGUUUCCACCAAUACUGACCAUUCUCACUUGCUGCGAACGAUGAUCGAUCUAGAAAUGGGCGUCAGCACUUCAAUGUUCAAAUCCGGCACCCACUCAGGCUCCUUGAAUCAUGAUAUCCCAUUGUUGAACAGCCAGCAAGAUAGGUCACUCCUAGAACAAUUCCCCGAACGCUGGUUUAUAUCGUACGAGCAAGCAUCUGAGUAUGGGCCCCUUCCGGUGGUGCAGCAUAAUUUCAAUUCCAUUGGGUAUCUUGGGGACUUGAGCAUGAACAACUAUAACUAUGUCCCCAAUGAGCCUCCAUUCUACGAAUCUCUCCCGCAGUUCGAGCCUUUCAAUCCUUUGUUCACAUCUCCGGGCGCAGGAGUAUCUGAGAUGGCAGAUUGUGCGUCGAUCACUCAAUCACACUUCCUCCCGAUUACAGGCCAGGAUGGAUUGAAUCGCGAGCGCUCAGUGUGGCCAACGCCAUUCAAUCGGGAGAAUGAAAUCUUCAAAUAA